CAAAUAUCUAAGCUCUGAAAAUCCACUGUUCUUUGAAUUACGUGCCAGAUACCUUAUUGCCUGUGAGCGCAUCCCAGAGGCAAUGGCUCUUAUCAAAUCUUGCAUGAAUCAUCCUGAUAUUAGUAAAGACCUUUACUUCCAUCAAGCAUUUUUCACAUGUCUUUAUAUGUCACCAGUGGAAGACCAACUGUUUCAAGAGCAUUUGCUGAAAACUGAUUGCAAGAAUGGCAUUGAAAUCAUCUGCAACAUUUCAAAAGAAGGGAAGACUGCCUUAGCUUUAUAUCUUUGUGAAUCAUUCCUUAUUCCACAGCUCAAAAAAGGAGAGAUGUAUUGCAUCUGGGAGCUGAUCUUUAUUUGGAGUAAACUGCAACUUAAAUCUAAUCCAUCAAUGCAAGUAUUUGUAGAUCAGUGCUACCACCUUCUAAGGAUAGCUACAAACAUAAGGGUUAUUUUCCCUUUCAUGAAGGUUAUUAGGGAUGAAGUUGGCAAGGAAGGCCUGCAGAUUUGUGUUGAGAUUUGUGGAAGUGCUCUCCAGCUAGAUCUUCGUGAUGAUCCAAAAAUGAAAUGUUUGAUAUACAAAACCAUUGCUCACUUUUUGCCAAAUGACCUGGAGAUUGUCAGAAUAUGUGCUCUUUCUAUCUUUUUUCUUGAGUGCACUUUGGAGUCAUAUUAUACUGUUGAAAAUCUAUACAAACAUGCAGAUGAAGAGUACAAUGAACAAACCAGUUCUGUGCAGAACCGUGUGCGAUUUGAGUUGCUUCCCAUUUUGAAAAAGGGGUUGUUUUUUGAUCCUGAAUUCUGGAAUUUCUUGAUGAUCAAGGAGAACUGUUUAGCACUGCUAAGAGAAAAAGCAUCAGUUGAGUUGAAUGCAAGUACACUGGAGCAUGGUUUGAAUGCACCAAAGACUCGUCAAGCAUUGCGUGGAGAUCAAGCCUGUGUGGCCAAUAUAAAUAAUGGAGAGUUAGACCAUGAAGAGGCUUCUGGAGCACAGUUGAAAUGUCAUGGUAAUUCCAAAAAGAACCAUGUAGCUCUUGGUUUGUCUAAAGUUGAUCACAAUGUACCAAGGCACCGUUGUGUGUUAUGUAACAGGGAAUUUCUUGGUGGUCACAUUGUGAGGCAUGCACAGGCUCAUCAGAAAAAAGGCAGUUUUUCAUGUGUUAUGUGUCACAGGAGAUUCAGGCAAAAAGGAGUAAUGCUUAAGCACUUGAAGAACCACAUCAAGAAGAUGACAAGGCAUCAUCUUGCUGUUUCUUGUCAUAAUCAGGAACCCCUUGAUAUAAAUAAGAUAAAUUAUUCAGAUACAGAUGUCUCUUUACAAAAUGGGAACUCUGAGUCCUCUAAAGAUGACAAAAUAGAGGUCGCCAUUCCAAAUACUGAUCAGGAGAAACAGACUUCUGAAGUCACCUUGGCUGUAACUGAAAAUCACGUUAGUGACCACGAUAGUGUUUUUGAAAAUGGUAAAAGUGGUAACUGUUCAAAUAACACUCCUGAACCAGAAGCUACAGAAGGGGUGCCCGAAACUGCUAGUGAUCUGAAUAGAGAUGUCCCUACAGUUCAUAAAGUAAAUGGUGUAUUAUGCUCUCAAAAUGACUUGGACAUUCAGGACCAAGCAGGUAACUUCAAGUGUCCUGCUAAUGGCUGCAUUCGAGUGUUUAAAAAAGUAAGGUGUCUGAAUAAACAUGCGCGGAAAGCUCAUCCCACUGAUCUGAAGGUGCAAGAGCAUAUAAUGAAGUGGAAUAAGGGGAAAUGUCGGUUUUGUCAGAGGAAGUUUUUAGAUUCUCAACAUUUUAUUGACCAUCUAAAGCAACAUGUUUAUCCAAAUGUAUAUUUUUGUUUACAUUUUAACUGUAAUCAGAGAUUUAGGCUGUCCACUGAGCUUACAGAGCAUAUGAAAAGUCACAGUGAGUUUAAAGCUCAGUGUAACUUUGCAGAAUGCUGUAAACUUUUUGAUGAUCUUUCCUUGCUCUAUGAGCAUGAAGCUCAACAUUAUUCACAGAAAACAGAUUCUCCUGAAGAAAUCAGUGAAAAUAAUGCUUCAGGUCCUGCUUUGGAAUCCCAGUGUAGCAUCCAGGAAAAAGGAAGCAACAGUAAUGAGCAGGAGGCUGGGAUGGACUUGCCAGUUCCAACUUGGAAAGCAAGAAAAGAUUCUACAGAACCAAAGACUUAUAUCCAGAGUGAGAAAAAAGCAAAUAAUCUAAUUCAGAAUGGAAAUGAAAAUGUAUGUGAUGGCAUUGCUACUGUUAUGACUUUGAUAGACCAAAAGAUACCUGCAGUUGAGCCAAAUUUGGAGAAUAGCAAUGUUACUGACCAACUAGUUAAUGGGCAUAGUGAACUGGAACAGACUACUUCAGCUUCACUGGAUGCUGAUUUGGAAGGAGUGACUGACAAAAUAAGGACAGAAAAUGGAUCCGUUCUACCUGUUUUACAGAACUGUACUGACAUACCACCAAACAGUGUUUCUGCAGUCUCUCAGUCACCUUCCAAACCAAAUCAGAUAACAAAAAAUACUACAUACGGCUUAAUUUUAACAAAGCCUUUUGUUAGACCAUUGCCUCCAAGUUAUCUUGAUGAACAGUAUAUUAGCAUGCCAAAACGAAGAAAAACGUUGACUGAAAAAGUAGAUGCCCAUUCAGAGCAAGAUAAAGCUGGUAGCAAAUCAGAGCGAUUAAGAUGCAGCAAAUGCCUGACCACCUACUGUAACUCAGAAGCACUUCAGCUUCAUCUUGCACAAAAGAAGUGUCGGACACUCUUUGGAUUCGAUUCAGAUGAUGAAAGUGCCUGAUCAAAUAGUGUGAGAAGACUUCUCAGUUGAGAAGUGGUGUGAUGGAAACCUACAAUGUUCUGCAUCAAUUUGCUUUUCCCUUGUUGGCCUUAAUUAUCAAGAAAUCUGACGUUUUUAAAGAAAAUAAGGAUCUUUUUCACAAUAAAAGCACACUUGUGUCAGAACUGAGUGGCAGCAAAAGUUGUGCAAAUUUCAAACCCAGAAAAACUGUGUUAAAGCUCCCAAAGUACCAGUUAUCUAAUACUCACAAGAUCCCACAUGGUUCCCAAUAUAAGUAAGCUGAUAUUGCAGCAACACACUGAAUAGCUAUUGUGCUGAGUGGUAGCUGUUGCCCUACAGAGAAAUGCCAGGGAUACAUGACCCCUUCAGGAGCAUGUUUAAAUGAAGUCUGCCAACAUUAUAAUCUGAUAGUUUGAGUCAUUCUGUAAAAUAUUGCUGGGCCUAAAUAUGUGGUCAGUUAGAAGUUAAUUGCUUGUAGCAGUUAAUUUUGCAUUGAUGUAUUUUUUACUUUGGCAACAAGUGAAUGUAACAGGUAGUUGACCUGCACAGUCUGUCUUGGUAAAGAAGUUAAGGCAUAAUUAAGCUACAUUCAGAUACACAAAACUUCUCCCUCCCCAUAUCUGAAUUGUGGAGAAGGUCUCGCAAGAAUUGCUGGGGCAAUGGGAUCUACACAAUUACAAUAUUUGGUACUAAACAUGCAGUCUGAGUCACAGUGGUAAAUGCACAUGAUAGCAAAGCCCCUGAACUGGAUUUGGAGUCUAAAAUUUCACUGUAAUAAUUUAGUAGUAGAUUUGGUUGAUAUCUUUUAAAGGCUGAUUUCUACUAUAAAAAGUGUUACUCUAAAGAGAAAAAGGCCCCCAAGAUACAAAGCUGACUAUAAGGAAGGAUAAAAGAACCUGGCAAAAAACUUUGUAUUGUAUCAAUACAGAAAAACAGCACUGAAUUUUCAUUAAGCAGCCAUUGCUUUUUAUUUUGAAUAUAGUUAUGAAAUUGGUUGGUUCAAAAAAUCCAGUGGUAGAAAUUAAUUCCAGGGCAGGAAUUAUUUUAGAAAACUGUAGGAGUAACUUGCACUGUGCCUUGAGAGGUGAAGCUUUAAUCCCCUCCUCAUAGUAUACCGAAGGCAGAGCACUGAAAUCCCAAUGGCCCAAGUGAGUCUUCUGUAGAGAAGUCAGUUCACAGAUUUUUGUCACAAAAGAUUGAGACGUUAAGAACUCUUUCUGUAUUUGCACAUCAUAAGAGGUUUAAUAAAUAUAUUAUUAAGAUGGAUUUAUAUAUUUUCAGAAUUGAUUGAUGAAUGGUAGGUAAGUUCCAUUUUGGCCAUUUGUAACACAAUCCUGAAUACAUGUGUAGUAAGAGGUAAGUCCCGUUGAGUUGAAUGGGCUUUAUUCCAAAGUAAAUGAACAUUAGAUUGCAGCCUUGAAUUUCAUCAAUACUAAAGAAAUACAAAGUUCAUCACCAGUUUUGUUGAAAAUAUUAGGUGUUAAAGUAUGAGUUUAUAAUACAAUAAAACAGUGUUUUAACCAUUUUAAAGUUACAGUAGGAUUCCUGUAUCUGUGGGAUUGGUUGUGGUUUCACUUUUCUGUGAUCUGAAAAUAUUAAAAGAAAAAAACCAGAAAUACGUAUUUUCAUGUGGUAUUUAUCAGAGCUAGUCACUAGGAUGGUCCCUGGCUCCCUCUACUGGCCAGUUCUGGUAAUAUAUAGUGAAAAUAUUUUUCUAGAUAUUUUUCUUUUACCAUACCAUGUAUAGAAUACAGUUGUCCCCCGCUUAACGAUUACCCCGUAUAACGACGAAUCCGCUUCACAACAAUGUUUUUGCGAUCAC